AUAUAGGUAAAAUAGCUUAGAGCAUGCGAAUUCUGAAUAUCGAGGAGUGAUAGAAGAGAACGAGUGUAUGGGAUAACAACUACGUAUAAAGAUAAUGGAAAACAAUGUGGAGUCUGGCAAGAGCAGGUCUGCGGUGCCGAUGAAACCAGAGAACGAUGAGGAGAAUCAGGAAAAAGAUGGCAGAAGUAAAAGCUCCAAGAAGCAUAACAGUAAGAAAAAGACUCAAAAUGCUCAAAGUGCUCAAAAUUCUGAAAAUGCCGCUACAGCUGUGACGGAAAGUAGUGAUAAUUAUGGCAAGAUAAAUCCAGUGGUAUUCGUACCUACACAAGUGCCAAGCACUUACGCCAACUUUUCCGUUAAGGAUAUACAAAUGGCUAUGGACGUCUUGAAAUUACAAUGUAAAUCUGCCAAAACGCCGGAGGAAGCCAUGCAAAAACCUUAUCAAUUUUGGAGCACUCAGCCAGUACCAAAAAUGGAUGAGAAAAUUGUUUGUAACGAACCGAUCGAGCCUGAUAAAGUAUCAGUGCGUGCGGAUCCCUAUUCCCUUCCAGCAGGCUUUCAUUGGGAUACGUUAAAUGUGGAUGAUCCAUUAGUACUCGCAGAAUUAUAUACAUUAUUGUCAGAAAAUUAUGUCGAAGAUGACGAUGCUAUGUUUAGGUUUGAUUAUCCUCCUGACUUUUUAAAAUGGGCUCUACAGCCUCCCGGUGGGUGCAACGAAUGGCACUGUGCAGUAAGAGUUACUAAAAGUAAUCGUUUAGUAUGUUUUAUAUCCGCUAUUCCUGCAGCUGUAAGGGUUUAUGAUAAGGUUCAAAAAAUGGUAGAAAUUAAUUUCUUAUGUGUUCACAAAAAGUUACGAUCUAAACGUGUCGCUCCCGUAUUGAUUCAUGAAAUUACAAGAAGAGUAAAUCUAAUGGGAAUAUUUCAAGCAGUGUACACUGCUGGUAUAGUGCUUCCUAAGCCCAUUUCCACGUGCAGAUACUGGCAUCGUUCUUUAAAUCCAAAGAAGCUAAUUGAAAUAAAAUUUUCACACUUGUCACGAAACAUGACAAUGCAGAGGACUUUAAAAUUUUACAAGUUGCCAGAAACUACAAAAGUCCCAGGCUUUAGGAAAUUUGCAUCGGACGAUGUGGCCCAAUGUCAUAAACUUCUGAAUAAUUACCUCAAUAAAUUUGACUUGGCGCCAAUAUUCACUCAAGAAGAAUUUACGCAUUGGUUCAUGCCGCAAACUGGUAUAGUGGAUACUUUCGUUGUGGAAAAUCCCGAAACUAAGCUCAUUACGGAUAUGGUAAGCUACUACACUUUACCAAGUUCGGUAAUGCACCACCAGAUACAUAAAACUCUACGUGCCGCGUAUAGUUUCUACAAUGUCUCUACAGAAACUCCUUGGUUGGAUCUCAUGCAGGAUGCACUCAUAUCAGCUAGAAAUUUGGGCUUCGACGUAUUCAACGCGCUUGAUCUUAUGGAUAACAAGGAAUUUCUCGAGCCCCUUAAGUUCGGAAUUGGUGAUGGUAAUCUACAGUACUAUUUAUAUAAUUGGCGAUGUCCAAGCAUAGCGUCAAAUAAAAUUGGUAUUGUGCUGCAGUAAAACAAAAAAGAAGUAAUAGAAACAAAAUAAUUCUUUAACGGAUAUUCUUAAAUUCAACUUGUUGAAAUAUAUGCAAAAUGGAGAUGUGUAUGUAUUUUUUUUAAGUGAAUGAAUCUAGCAGCAUUAACAAUCACAAAUAAUGACAGCUGUUGAUGAGAUUAUAUAAAGAAACAAAUGAAACAUAAGAAACAAAUAAUUGUUAAUACUAUUAUUAAAUCUACAUUACUGCUGUUGCUGAUACAUCACUAUUAAGGAGUUAAUAAUGCGAUGAAUUUUAAUCUGGUGAAAUACACAAUAGAAAAAAAAA